CUUCCCUUCUUUUCUUCGUCUCUCUCGCUUCCUCUCCUCCGCGGCGUCUUCAUACUCCCUCCAGGGUCACACUUCCACAUCAUGAAGUGUCUUCGUCACGUUCCAUACGCCUCAUGGCGCUUAACAGUCUACCGACAGCUUUUCACCCCAGGCUCUGUCCCCAAUCGCCUGCCCCCUAACCCCCGACGUACCAUCUCAUCCACGACUCAAUCCCAAGCACCGCACGAGCAACAAACCACAACACAGACAGAACAAUCCAACAAUGACCAGCCAGAGCCACCAGCCCCCCGACCAUCCGACCAGCUCCCGCGCUCCCCGCUCCUCACAAACCCUCACGUCGUCCCAGUCACGAAGCGCAAAAAGCGUCUCCCAACCGCCGAGGACCUCAACGCCCUCCAACACAACCCCUGGGCCCAAGCCCUGGCCUCGCCCACCCGGAUGUGCAGCGUGACAGGGGCCCGGACGCCCCGAGACCUACUGACGACCUGGGGCCUGGUCCAGCGUCCCGACUCCGACGGGCUCUGGUUUCUGCCCGUGGGUCUGCUGAAGGAUGAGCUGAAGAAUGAACUGAAGGAGCCGCCCAAGUCCACGGAUGGCCAGGACACGGCGUCGGACCCGUCUGCGCAAGAACCGCGGGUCCCAUCUCGGACGCGCUCUCUGCGGCACCUGUCGUUGCGCAUCAUGGACAGUAUCCAGCUGCUGCGGAGGUUAAGUGCGUCGUUGACGUCGCAUGAGAUCGGCAAGCUGUCGCCGCUGACAAAGACCAUUCCGCAUCGGUUGAAGCAUCCGCAGGGUCCGUUGACUUCGCGCGACGAGCGCUCGCUGGUCUGGAGGCAGGAUAUGCCGGAAUUUGUGUUGGGGAGGUUGCGUUCGGAGGUGGUGAAUCGGUUGAAGAAGGUCUCUGUUCGCUGGGGCCAGAAACUCGACCGUAAGAACAAGGUGUGGAGGGUAGUUGGAAUUGAAGGGGCUGUGUCGGAGAGUACACUUCUAAAGGGCCUGGAGAACAUGGAGCCGAUGAAGCGCAUGGAGUGUGGCGCUGUGCUCGUUCUGGGAGAGCCGCAGAGCGAACAGAACGCGCUGCCGCGGCGGGUGACUCUCCCGCAGACGGGAUCGCAGGUGCCUGUUUUCGAUCUUUCGAGGUUGUUUUCCGAGUCGGAGCGUGAGGAGCUGCGGGCGUACAAUCCUAUGUACCAGGAAGCAGCUUUGUUUUUCAGACCGAACAGCCCUACGACGGUUGAUACGAUGCUGACCUUGUGGAAGCUACAAGGUUUUCUUAAUGAGGAUCUUGAAUUUCUCUAA